AGGAGUACACGCCGCUGCGCUUCCAUUCCAUUCCAGACCCGUCGACAGACCGCGCGGACUGUGUAGCGUGUCGCGGGAGAGAAGCCCAAAGCUUUGGCGGAGCCAUGGCGGAGGGAACGGGAGCGACGGCGGCUUCAGGGUCGGCAGCGGGCAAGAUGACGAUGGUGGUCGGGGUGGACGAGAGCGAGCACAGCUACUACGCGCUGCAGUGGACGCUCCUCCACUUCUUCUCCCCGGGCCAGCAGCAGCAGUACCGCCUCGUCGUCGUCACGGCCAAGCCCACCGCCGCGUCCGCCGUCGGCCUCGCCGGACCAGGUGCCGCGGACGUGCUGCCGUUCGUUGAGGCGGACCUGAAGCGGAGCUCGCUGCGCGUCAUCGACAAGGCCAAGGAGCUCUGCGCGCAUGUGAGCGAUGCUGUCUUUGAAGUGGUGGAAGGGGAUGCGAGGAACGUCCUCUGCGAGGCGGUGGAAAGGCAUCACGCAGAGAUGUUGGUCGUGGGCAACCAUGGCUACGGAGCAAUCAAAAGGGCUGUUCUCGGAAGUGUGAGCGAUUACUGCACCCACCACGCGCACUGCACUGUGAUGAUUGUGAAGAAACCAAAGCACAAGCACUGAGCAAUGCCCAGCCUUGACUCUUCGCUGAACCCAGUUUGUGCAUCUUUGUGAAUUUGUGCAUCUUUGUGAAUAAAUGGAUCGCAGAUGUCAGAGUUCGCAACUUCAGAAGUUCAGAGUGGUGAACUCCUGCAAGUAGCAGACAAUAUCCUAGUACAUGCUACAUGUGGAUUCUUGAUUGAUAUGGUGAAUAACUGAUGAUGUGCCUCAUCAGAACAGUGUUAUUUGUUAUGCAGAUGCAUCAAUUGCACGAAUCCUGUAUGUGUAUGUAAUCAAGACUGCAAGUUCCUUGCAGUGGACACGUGUGUUUGCUUCUUAUCGAAGUGUGAUUUGUAAAUGUAUGCUUCUUCUGUUCAGAUUUUUUAAUCCCCUUGCAAAAGGAGACUAAAAAAAAGGGAACAAAAUUUGAUAGCCACAGGACACGGAGGCAACCUGCGCGCUUCCCGCGCUCCGUGUCCUCCUCCCAGCCGCUAGCCCCAUUUCCCAGAGGUACAAACCGUCCGCUCAAUCAGCUGCUUCCCUUCUUUUCUUGUUCAUCAUCAGAGCCAGCCAAGUUCAGGCCACUAGGUAACUGGCUCGAGGGAACAUGGCGGCGGAGGGAGAGGCCCUCAUGGCAGCGGAGAGGGCAGAGACGUCGACUGCACCGGCGGUGGCGACGGAAUCAGGAGCAAACGGGAAACCGGCGGCGAGCGGGAAGCCAGCGAUGGUGCUGGGGAUCGACGAGAGCGAGCACAGCUACUACGCGCUGGAAUGGACGAUCCACCAUUUCUUCGCCCCCGGCCAGCCGCAGCAGUACCACCUCAUCGUGGUCAGCGCCAAGCCCCCUGCCUCCUCCGUCAUCGGCAUUGCCGGCAUAGGCACGGCGGAGCUGCUCCCGAGGGUGGAGCUCGACCUCAAGCGCGCCUCCGCCAGAGUCAUCGACAAGGCCAAGGAGCACUGCUCACAUGUGACCGAUGUCAGCUAUGAAGUGAAAGAGGGCGACGCGAGGAAUGUGCUGUGCGAGGCAGUUGAGAGGCACCAUGCAGACAUGCUGGUUAUGGGCAGCCAUGGCUACGGUGCUUUCAAGAGGGCCGUCCUUGGGAGCGUGAGCGAUUACUGCACUCACAACGCGCACUGCACCGUGAUGAUAGUGAAGAAACCAAAGCACCAUAAGAAGCAUGAACAAUUGGGGUUCCACAGAAAGGAGGCUUGAAAAAGUUUUUAAGGCCCUUAGGUUAGAGAUAGAUAUGAAAGAGGUUUAGGCAUGUGUGUUCAAGUAUUAACCGAUUGCCUUGUAGAUCAAUAUGUGGUCUCAUCGCGAACUGAGCUAAACUCAGAUGGUUAGGUUCCUUGUGUUGGAACCAACCCAAUAGGGGUCAACUCCUAGACUUGGCACUAGUUGUCGCAUUUUUCUGAAUUUAUUGCAGGCCUUGCGAUAAUGCGCGUUCAGUGAGAGUCAUUACGAAGGUGCAUGCGGUGACUUUAUCAAUCUCAA